UUAACUUCUAAGAACUUUAAAUUAAAUAAUGUUAUAACAAUAUUUAUAAUAAUCAUUUUUUUUAAUUUAAAGUAUUCAUGCAAGGAAGAAAGAAGACCUACAAUUUACCAUGAUUGGACUUAGAAAGUAAUUGUAAAAGAUUCCAUAAUGCUCUUGGAAGUGCGGAAGCAAGGUAUACGAAACAGUUGGUGUUUAUUGAUAUUAAUACCAGUGGUAACCGCGGGAUUAGCUUGUCUUAACAACCCUUGCAUCCACGGUAUAUGUAUUGAUGAUAUUAAUAGUACGUAUGCUUGUUACUGUACCGACGGUUACACAGGAGUUCAAUGUCAGACGAAUUGGGAUGAAUGUUGGUCGAAUCCUUGCCAAAAUGGGGGUACCUGCAUAGAUGGCGUAGCGACCUACAACUGCACGUGCGCUGAAGGAUUCAUUGGAGACAACUGUGAAACCAACUACAACGAAUGUGAUUCUAAUCCGUGUUUCAACAAUGGCACUUGUAUAGACAUGACCAACGACUACGUUUGUCAUUGCUUGCCCGGUUUCUCUGGAGAGCAUUGUCAGUAUGAUGUGGCUGUGUGUAAUGCUACUGAAGAGAUUCGAUGCUAUAAUGGUGGGGAGUGUGUGGAAGGACCAGGGUAUAGGUUCUUUUGUAGGUGCUUACCAGGCUGGACAGGUCCGAAAUGCGAAGAUCAAAUAGAUGAGUGUGAAUCGAAUCCUUGUCAAAACGGGGGUAUCUGUAUCGAUGCUCAUGCUGACUACAUGUGCGCUUGCACUUAUGGUUUUACAGGCAAGAGUUGUGAAACUCAAAUAGAGUUUUGCGACGAAAACUCCUGUAGCAACGGUGCUCUGUGCGUCGUGGAAGAUGGGGAGCAGAUAUGCUAUUGUGUCCCAGAUUUCCACGGGGAACAUUGUGAACUGCAAUAUGACGAAUGUUUGUUAGGACCGAGAUGCAUGAAUGGAGGGACUUGUAUAGACGGCGUGGACAACUUUACAUGUUCAUGUCCACCGAGGCUUACUGGAAGCUUGUGUGAAUGCCUUAUACUAGAUGAUAAUAGUUACGACUGUGAUUACGUCAAUCCAACACGGUUUCCUAUCACUACAGAAAUUGCUUUAACAACAUUGUUUACUGAUAGUCCAAAUAUAUCUUACAUUACUGAAACUUCAUACAAAACGACAACUACCUCAGUUUUUACAUCUAUUCCUGUUCUGGAUUUCACUACUUUAAGAGUUACAACGGAUUCUGAAACAAAAGGAACUUCCAGCACAUUACCAGACGUUAUAUCGACGACGGAAAAAGAAGGUUUUAGUGAAUCUUUUUCAACUACCUCAACUGCGGUACAAGAAGAUACAACAGUAUCAAAAUUGGAUACUACGACUGAAAUUUUAGUACUAACCAAACAGACCCAAAGCAUUGAUUCCGAUAACUCCAAAACAGAGACUACUACAGAUUGUAAUGGUAUAUGCGGUAACACCACAAUAAAAAUAAGCACUAUAGCAGACUUCGAAACAACACAAGACAAAUUUAAAACCACUGAACCUACAGUUUAUACAGAAAAAUCAAUAACAGACCAACAGACAACUUUAACUGUUACUACAGAAUCUACUGAAGCUAUAAUUACAACACAAAAGACCAGUUCCACAAAUGGUGCAGAAGGUCGUGACUUGGAUUCUACAACUAAACAAGAUAUAACUACUGAAAAAUUAUUUACAAAUAUUCCUUAUGACCACAUCACUACUGAAUCUACAUUAAUAGAUGAAAAAGGAACUACAGAAGAAUACGAAAUAAGUACUGUGUCUGAUAGUACGCAAUUGUAUCCAACUGAAUAUCCGGAGUGUACCCUUAAUGUGUGUAAGAAUCGUGGAACGUGUUUUAAUGGACCGCAGGGUAUAAGAUGUCACUGUACAUUCAAAUAUAGUGGGAGAUAUUGUGAGGAGCCAAUUCCUAUCACAUCAGCAGCUUUUAGUGGAAAUUCCUAUAUAGUACAUCACAUUAAAAACUCCACAUCCUUAAAUAUAGAAUUCAAUGCAAAAACUUUAAUAACUGAUGGUGAAUUAAUGCACGUAGACAUAGCGAAGGGGGUGUAUAUGGAGCUAUUUAUGAAUAUGGGUUUACUCAAAUUUAAGUUCUCCUGUGGCUAUCAAACAAUGCUUUUGAGUGAAUUGAAAACUUUCGUCAAUAAAGGUUUUCCGAUGAAAAUAGAAACCAGAUUAGAUCUAUAUUCAAAAGAGCAGCAUUGCAACGCAACCCUCCGUCUCAAUGAUACAGUAGCCAUGAGUGGCGGCCAAAUUGCCAACAUCACUAUUCUAAAUGACAAUAGCACAUUAGUUUUUGGUAAUGCACAUGCAAAUGCUAGCGAACAUAAUAUGCCUUUUGUUGGAUGUAUUAAGGAUUUGAUUGUAAAUGGUGAAAAAAGGUCGGUAUUUGGGGAUGCCUUUGAUGCAGGUGAAAUUACUGAAUGCUCUUCAUUAGGAUGCCUAUCUGGACCUUGUCUAAAUGGCGGGAUUUGUAAGGAACAUGGAGAAGGGUAUCGCUGCUUGUGUGCUAACGGAUGGAUGGGUGUAAAUUGUAACCAUUCAGUGUGUGACAACAAUCCUUGCCAAUAUGGCGGCAGCUGUGUCCGACAUCCUGGCAGCGGUUUCCUGUGCAUGUGUCCUUAUGGAAAACAUGGAAUUUUCUGCGAAUAUAAUGUAGAGAUAGCCCGUGCAGCACUAGCUCCUAUAACGAUUGGAAAAUCGGCAUACAUAAUAUAUCCAUUGUCAUCUCAAGCGAUGAAUUCUGAUCGUUUCGAUCUGCGUCUAAAAUUCCAAACGGAGGACAUGGACCAAAUAGCGCUCUUGGCAUUUAUUGGGCAAAAUGGUCGUCACGAUUCCAAAAGUCAACAUUUGGCGCUGACUUUUGUGAAACGAUACAUUAUGCUCACUUGGAAUAUGGGAGGUGGUUCCCGGCGCAUAUUCACCUCCAGAGCACUAUCCCCCCGUCGCGGCGGCCACACAGUGCGCGUGUGGAGGCGCGGCCGCACCGCCGGGCUCAGUGUGGAUGGACGGUACAACGUGUCAGGCAAUGCGCCCGCGCAUGAUACCAAGAUGAAUGUACUGCCGUAUAUCUUUAUAGGCGGGCACCCGUCCGAGCAUUUCCGCGACCUCCCACACGACCUACCGCUGCACAGCGGGUGGCGCGGCUGCGUGUGGGAGGUGGCGGGGCCGGCGGUGCGCGCGGGGGCGGGGGGGCGCGGCGCGGGGCAGUGCGGGGUCGCGCACUGCACACCCUCCUCGUGCCACGCGCCACACGGCGUGUGUAUACACUCGCCGGCCACGUAUGGGUGCAUCUGUAACGAAGGUUGGUUCGGUUCAACAUGUGCGAGUCGGCAAAGUCAGUGCGACUUCUCUGGGCAAACAUGUCAUGGCCGUUGCGUCGUCACAGCUCAUGAGCCUGAGUGCGAUUGCCCAUAUGGAACUAAUGGGACAUAUUGUGAAAAUGAAUUAUUCCCAGUUGAUAUUCUAUUUACGGGCAAGCGUUCGUACCUCAAACUGCAUCCACGGGCUAUAUCAAGCGUGACUCUAGCACUUGAGGCAGAAAUAAAGCCAACAAAGGAGCGAGGUUUGAUUGCGUAUGUGGAGACUCCUCAUUUCUACACAGCUCUGUCGUUACAGGGGGGAUUAUUGGAAUAUCGAUGGACUGAUCGUUUAUCAGGACUAACAUCGCUAGUCCGCUCAAGCAUAGUUCUGUCCAUGACUCAAUGGCACGCGGUAAGAGCGGGCCGGUACGGAUCCCGACUCUACGUGUGGGUUGACGGGGCUCUUACCACUGAGCCUAUGGUGGCACACGCCUACCCGCAUACUGCUAGCGAGGCUUCUAUUGUGCUGGGUGGUGCUGAAGACUUAGCGACACUGCCUUUCGAUGUCAUGCUCGGGCCACCUGAAUCUUAUAAGGGUUGUCUUAGAAAUUUCCACGUCAAUAACAUUUUACUGGCAUUGGAACCGCAGAAUAUUGCAGCGGGCCAGAACAUAGAUUCCUGCGGUACAUGCGUUGGGUGCCGCGGUCGGCGCGCCGCGUGCAGCCCCGCUGCGUGCGCGUCGGGCCGCUGCCGCGCGCGCCGCUGCGUGUGCCCCGCGGGACGUGCGGGCGAACGCUGCGAACGCGGUGCGUUACUGCGUUUGUAUCAACGUGUGCAUGCAGUCAUACAGUACACGUCACGUACGGAGAGUGCGCUCAUGGGUACAAUUUCGCACGAAAGUUAUGGGCCUAUUAUUUUGUUUUUAAAUUAG